UUCGUCUGCUUCGUCUUCCUCCUCCUUCGCUAGCAUCAGUUGCGUCAGAACUGCCAAGAACAGAGCACGUUACUCCGCAGAGUUUUCGCUAGCUCUUCCUGCAAUUCGAUCAUGAGCUACCAGCAGGGCUACCCACCUCCGGGCACCGCAGCGUACCCUCCGCCGGGCCAGCAGCAGGCCUACGUCGCCCCGCCGCCGGUCGCCUACCAGCAGGACCAGCAGUACCCUCCUGCCGGCGGCGACACCACGAGCCGAGGCGGCCAAGGCAACGGCGGCGAUGGCUUCUUGAAAGGAUGUUGCGCGGCGCUCUGCUGCUGCUGCCUCCUCGAUGCCUGCUUCUGAUCAUCGAGUCUGUCCCAUGCUGCUCCUCCGUCACGAUCGAGCCAUAUGAUCGUCAUGGUCAUGGUCAUCGGAUGAUGAUUUGGUGCCAUGUAUAGCUGAUCAUACUAUUUUUCUUUUCUUUUGUCAUGUGUUCGUUCACCUGAUGAGAACUAGGCCAUGUAGAGUGCACGCGUUAUUAUUGGUUUUCCAUACGUAUGAUUGCAAAUAAACAUGUGAGACUGAUCUAGUUGCCUUC